UUCUCACAUCACCACCGACCACUAGACCUACCUCACCAUCAACAACACCUCAACCUACAUCAUCUCCAACUAUGAGUCCGACCACACCAUCAACAUCUAGACCUACAUCACUUUCAACGUCUAUGUCUACCUCACUUCCUUCAAGCCCUACAACCAUUCCAUCUCCAACUACAAAACCUACUCCUUCAAUUACUACACCAAGAACCACUACUUUAUCUUCCGAAGAGUGUAUUUGUGUUCCGAGUUACCUUUGUGACGAGGAUGGCUACAUAAUAACCAAUGGUGAAGGGAUUAUUAAUCCACGUCUAACAUCAUUACCAUGUUCAUCAGCUAAUGAAGUUUGUUGUAAAGUUCGCAAUGAAAAUAAUAUGUUGCCACUUACUAAUUUAAAAUCUACUACUAAAUCUUCAUCGACCAUAACUUCGGUAGCAACAUCAUCAACAACGCCCACUAGACCAAUGACCACUUCAACAAUGUUUACCACUACUUCAACUAUGUCUAAUACUCCAAUGACCACCUCAUCAACAGUUUCAUCUACUACUUCUCAGCCUUCAACAUCAGUUCAGUCUUCAACUGAUAUGUGUGUUUGUGUUUUACCAUCACAAUGUGACUCUAACGGCUACGUAAUAGUAUCAGGUUCAGGAGUGAUUGAUCCACGUUUUCGACAAUCCCGGCAAUCUACUAAUACUUGUGUACCACCUGAAAUCUGUUGUAAACUUCCGUCGAACAAUCAAGAUUACGGUGUCAUUUUUCCUGAUGAUGAUCAAACUCAAACUUCUGUAGCUAUUGAUCCACGUGCUAAUCUCACUUCGGAUAUCAGGAACGAGGGAACUACUAAUGCCUGCCGUUGCGUCAAGUCUGCAUCAUGUACCGCUGGAAAUGAAGUUGAAUUAGAUGCUGCUGGGAUUAUUGAUCCAAGAUUUAGAUUGUGUUUCCCAUUGGAUGAAGUUUGUUGCAAACUAAAAGGAAUCAUCACGAUGUCUACCAGCACGUCAAGUCCAACUACAACUAAUUCUUCAAAGGUUGUCAAUAAAGAACCAGUUCCAAAUAGUGGUGAGCCGUUGUGUGGCGUUCCUGGUCCACCUUGUAAACCAGAUGAAUGUCCUACUGAUGACGGUAGUGCAUACUUUGCCGAAUUUCCAUGGAUGGUAGCACUACUGUCACGUCGAGACACUGGUCAAGCACUUUUCUUGUGCGGAGGAUCUUUAAUUCAUGUUAGAGCAGUCUUAAGUGCUACUCAUUGUGUACUAAAUUCUAGCCGUCAAAAGGGAACCAUCGUAGCACGGGUUGGAGAAUAUAACACAUUGGCCACCAAUGAAUCUGCUCCAUUCCAAGAAGCCGAGAUUCAAGCCAUUGUCACACAUCCACAGUAUUACAGCGGUGGACUGUAUAAUGAUAUAGCAGUUUUAAUUCUACAAACACCCGUUAAUUAUGCUGUUAAUGUUGUUCCAAUAUGUUUGCCGGAGAAAACGACAAUGUUUAAUGCUGGGACACGAUGUUUGGCUAGUGGAUGGGGUAAAGAUGGAUUCGAUGGAAAAUAUCAAAAAGUUUUGCAAAAAAUCGAUCUGCCAAUAAUCGACCGUAAUGAAUGUCUAAAUCGUCUGAGAGAUACGAGAUUAGGGAAAUAUUUUCAACUACACUCGAGUUUUAUGUGCGCUGGGGGUGAAGAGAGCAAAGACACUUGCACUGGAGAUGGUGGAGGACCUCUAGUAUGUUCCACACCGACUGGACAAUUUAUUCAAGUGGGCAUUGUUUCGUGGGGAAUUGGCUGCGGAGAAUCAAAUGUGCCAGCAGUUUACGUUAAUGUGGCUCCAUUUCGAUCGUGGAUUGACCAACAAUUAUCUAGCUAUGGGCUCUUAUUACGAUUGGGAAAGCCCUUGGGAAAAAAAUUCACUAAAAUGAUGAAGAAACUAAACACAUUGGGCGUAAUUUUAGUUUUAAUAAUAGGAUUAACCACUGCAGCUCCACAAAAUGAUAAUUUAGAUGAUUUAAUUAAAAGUGUCUUUGGUACUCCAUCAACAACAACAACAACAACUCCAUCAACUAAUAAUAGGAAUGAUGGAACAUUAGAUAGUCUUAUAGACAAUGUUUUUAAUGAAAAAAAUACCAACAACAAUGUCAAUAAUAAUAAUAAUAAUAAUGAUAAUGGGAAUACUUUUCCGGGAACCAAUAACCAGCAGGAAAAUGAUGAUGACUGUGAAUGUGUUCCAUAUUAUCAAUGCAUGAAUGGUUCAAUUGUUGAUGAUGGAAUUGGAUUAAUAGAUAUCAGAAUAAGAGGUGUGUGUGAAAAUUAUCUGGACAUAUGUUGCAAACGUCCAAACAUUGUCGACAAUGAGAAUCGAGUGACACCACCACCGAUAAUUAGACGAGGAUGUGGUCAACGUCGUCCUGAAGGUGUUGGAUUCAGAAUCACCGGACAAACUGAUAAUGAAGCACAAUAUGCUGAAUUUCCAUGGAUGGUAGCUGUUUUAAGAGAAGAGACUGUUGGUAGCAGUGGAGAAAAAAUGAACUUUUAUCAAUGUGGAGGAUCCUUGAUACAUGCUCAAGCUGUUUUGACUGCUGCUCAUUGUGUUGCUAGUAAAACUGCCAACCAACUAAAGAUUCGAGCAGGUGAAUGGGAUACGCAAACUAAAAAUGAACCUUACCCUCACCAAGACCGUGACAUCGCCAAGGUCAUUGUUCAUCCUGACUUUCAUCCUGGUGCUUUAAGAAACGACUUUGCCAUUCUCAUUCUCUCGCAACCAGUCGAAUUGGCUGAGAAUGUUGACGUCGUUUGUUUGCCGGAACAAAAUGAACUCUUUGAUAAUGAUAGAUGUUUUGCCAGUGGUUGGGGAAAAGAUCAAUUUGGUAAAGAUGGCCACUAUCAAGUAAUUCUCAAACGAGUUGAGGUACCUGUUGUCAAUCACCAAAGUUGUCAGAAAUUGCUACGUGGCACGAGACUGGGAAAUUACUUUGUGCUUCAUUCUAGUUUCAUUUGUGCUGGAGGUGAACCUGGAAAAGAUACUUGCAAGGGUGAUGGAGGUAGUCCUUUGGCGUGCCCAUUAAAAAGUGAUCCAACCCGUUAUGCACAAGCUGGAAUCGUUGCCUGGGGUAUUGGAUGUGGUGAAAAUGGCAUUCCUGGAGUCUACGCAAAUGUCGCCGAUGCUCGAGGCUGGAUUAAUCAAAUGUUAUAUGAAAACAAUCUUUUUAUUGAACAAUGAGUGACUUUUUAUUCUCAA